GCCUCGCCGGGUCCGGGCAGAACCCGGGGACAGGAAGGGGGGCCCCUGGGGACGGGUCUGCUGGCGGGGUGGUGAUGGAGCCCCGCCUUCCACCUUGGGCCGCCCGCCGCGCUCUGGGGGAGGCUCCCCGGCCGCCCCUCCCUGCUCAGCAGUGUGCAGAGCAAGGUGACCCCGCGCCUCCUGGCGCCCCUCUCGCCUGGGCGCCGAGUGGGGCAGGUGCCCAGGGGUGCCGCCUGGGUAGCAUCACCAGUGAGAUUUGGUGUCAGCUUGAGCCACAGUUCCCCAACCAUCCUGCCUGCAUGCCCUCCCCGGGAGGUGGGUGUCCGGCGGAGGCUCGGGGAGGCCUGUGGCCCGGGUCCAGCCGAAGGUCCACGCCACCAGCCCUUCCUGGCUCCUGAAUUCUUAAUCAGCAUAAAUAUUUACUUCCUUCCCCCCUCCAGGCUCCCAGCACAGAGCAGCUUCUGGGAGGUUGGACGGGGCCUGUGUCUAAAAAUAAACAGGUGGAGGGACAGCAGACACAGACAGACAGACUGAACUGGGGGCGGGGGUCAGGCGGAGGGCAGCUCCCUGCCCAGCCACAGGAAGUGUGGAAGGGCCAGAUCCAUCCAUCUCUGUCACCCGCUACCUGCCCACCUGGGCCUGGGGUUCCUACAGGACAGCGUGGGGGUCUGCCCGAGCCCCCAGCAACCACUGGCCAUGCCUGGCCUGCGGGGCAAAGCCAAGCAGAUUUCUCCGGACCAAGUUUAGUAGGGACAAGCCCUCCAAGGGGGCAAGAAGGCACCCCUGGUGCCUGAGGACUCCACUACUGGUAGCUGUGCAGGUGGGGUUCUGGGCAGUGUCCGCAGAGGGAAGGAUCCCCCCAACGCCUGCCCCUGAGGGCUUUGGGGGGGACUCAUGGACCUGGGGUCUGAACAGGGGAAGACCGCCUAAGGAAGCUGAGUGGGCAUGGUGUCCUGCCCUCCCUGCCCCGCCUUGCCCCAAGGGGGCCUGGCAAGUGCACCCCCAGAGACACACCCACGGGACCCGGCAGUCUUCUACCUGCUGCAGGUACAGGCUGCUCUGCUAAAUCUCGAAACCCCAGAUUCUGCAAGCGGUGGAGGAAUUGUCUUCUUUACCAGAUAGAUUUUCCGGGUGUGAUCCUCUAAAUUAACAAAGGUGAGGAAACACGUGACUGUCCCCACCCCACCCAGGCAAGGUUGCUUCUCUAAAAAGGUUUUGGGUUUGGAAGGAAGACUUGAAUUGUUCUUGGGUCCUUGACAUGCAAAGAAUAUGACCGCCCCGAGAAGUCCUAAGAAAAUGGAGGACAGUGCAGCCCGCGAACUUACAGUAAAGGGAUGUUGCCACCAGUAAGAAGCUGAACACAUGGACGCAUUCUGCUCGCCCCGGGCUGCGCGGCCCUCUUCCCUCAGCCCUGCAGCUGCCAGCUGGGCCUCGGUCCCCAGCGCCCCCUCGUGGUGGCCCAGAGCCCUCAGCCUCCAGUGCCCUUGGUGCCUUUCCUUGCCACCUCCCUGUCUGUACCCCCAGCCCGUGGGGCUGGGUCCCUCAGAGGGACCACUGCUGCCAUAGGGGCUGCCAGUCAGUAGCGGGGCCAGCUCAUGGUCCCCUGGGGGGACGCUGAUGGCCCGAGCAGGCCUGCACCCAGGCACAACUUACCUCUCGACCUUUGGGGGUGGGUGGCUCAGUUGCAGGGCCUUGAUCUGGUCGCCCUGCGGCUUCCCACAGGCCUGUGCGGCUCUGGCGUUCAGCUUGGUGGGGGAGUGGGCACUGCGAGCGCGAGAGACUGGUAGGGUGGACACGGAAGCUACGAGCAGGUGGUUCUCUUCGUGGCACCUGCCCGCCAGGGCCCCCCCGAGGGUCUCCCCCGCUAGGGAGGAGACCACCUUGGCAAGAUGCCCCCUGCUGCCCUGGGCUCCUCUGGGCUGCAGUGCGCGCAGCCCAAGCCACAGUGCAGCGCCUGUCCUCCCCAGGUCCCUGCUUGAAUUCCAGCUUGGGAGCCCUCGCUGCCUGCUGCCGCCUCCCGCCGCACCCCUCACCAUGCACUCCCUGGACGAGCCGCUCGACCUGAAGCUGAGCAUCACCAAGCUCCGGGCGGCGAGAGAACAGCGGGAGCGGACGCUGAGUGCUGCGCGGCACCGCUCGCUGCACAGGGAGCUGGGCCUGGUGGACGACAGCCCCACCCCCGGUUCCCCGGGCUCCCCGCCCGCAGGCUUCCUGCUGAACCCCAAGUUCCCCGAGAAGGUAGAGGGACGCUUUUCGGCCGCCCCGCUGGUAGACCUCAGCUUGUCACCGCCGUCUGGGCUGGAUUCCCCCAACGGCAGCAACUCGCUCUCCCCUGAGCGCCAGGGCAGCGGGGACCUGCCUGCGGUGCCCACCGCCCCGGACUUCCAGCCGCUGCGCUAUCUGGACGGUGUCCCCAGCUCCUUCCAGUUCUUCCUGCCCUUCAGCUCCGGGGGGGCUCUGCACCUGCCUGCUUCCUCCUUCCUCACCGCCCCCAAGGACAAGUGCCUCUCGCCAGAGCUGCCCCUCCCUAAGCAGCUGGUGUGUCGCUGGGCCAAGUGUAACCAGCUCUUUGAGCUCCUGCAAGACCUGGUGGACCACGUCAACGACUACCACGUCAAGCCCGAGAAGGACGCCGGCUACUGCUGUCACUGGGAGGGCUGUGCCCGCCACGGCCGAGGCUUCAACGCCAGGUACAAGAUGCUCAUCCACAUCCGCACGCACACCAACGAGAAGCCGCACCGCUGCCCCACCUGCAGCAAGAGCUUCUCCCGCCUGGAGAACCUGAAGAUCCACAACCGCUCGCACACAGGUGAGAAGCCCUACGUGUGCCCCUACGAGGGCUGCAGCAAGCGCUACUCCAACUCCAGCGACCGCUUCAAGCACACGCGCACCCACUACGUGGACAAGCCCUACUACUGCAAGAUGCCCGGCUGCCACAAGCGCUACACGGACCCCAGCUCGCUGCGCAAGCACAUCAAGGCGCACGGCCACUUUGUGUCCCACGAGCAGCAGGAGCUCCUGCAGCUGCGCCCGCCCCCCAAGCCACCCCUGCCUGCGCCGGACGGCAGCCCCUACGUCAGCGGGGCCCAGAUCAUCAUCCCCAACCCCGCUGCCCUCUUCGGAGGCCCGGGCCUGCCCGGCCUGCCCCUGCCCCUGCCCCCUGGCCCCCUCGAUCUCAGUGCCCUGGCCUGCGGCAACGGGGCGGGUGGCGGGGCUGCGGGGGGCCUGGGACCCGGGCUGCCGGGGCCCGUGCUGCCCCUCAACCUGGCCAAGAACCCACUGCUGCCCUCGCCCUUUGGGGCUGGUGGACUGGGCCUGCCUGUGGUCUCCCUCCUCGCUGGUUCCGCUGGCGGCAAGGCCGAGGGGGAGAAGCGCGGGGCGGCGCCAGCCAGGGCCCUGGGCAUAGAGGGCCGCAAGACACCCCUCGAGAGGACUGAGAGCGCUCGCUCCCGGCCAAGCCCCGACGGACUCCCCCUGCUGCCGGGCACCGUGCUGGACCUGUCCACGGGGGUCAACUCAGCGGCUAGCAGCCCGGAGGCACUGGCCCCCGGCUGGGUGGUCAUCCCACCGGGUUCCGUGCUGCUCAAACCGGCAGUGGUGAACUGAGCCCCGGGUGGACCGCUGCCCGCACCAGCUGCAGCUCCCGGCCGCCCCGACGACCAGAAACUCCUCUGCGAAAUAGCAAUAAUGCCCUCCUGCCCCGGGCCUGGCUGGCCGCGUCCCCAGGGCCCCCCGCCCCAGACGAACCGGGCAGCAAGGAUGGUGCUAGGUCACUGCUGGCAUCCCCGGCUCCCAGGGAGGAACUGGACCUGCCGGCAGGGAGAGCCACGCUCUUGGGUGCUGAGGCCUCGCCCUGGCCCUCCCGGCUGCAGCCCCACGCCCUCCGCGUCUCCCGUCCAGCAGGGUGUCCAGCGGGGUGCGCUCCCUCCCCGCCCGGCCCACCUGCCGCCCACACCCCAGCAGUGCGGCGGGUGGGGUGGUGCCUGCCCCCCUGCUGGCUCGGGGACCUCUACCCCCUCCACGUAGUGAGCUGUGAUAAGGAGCCCCCAGAUCAAGCCCCCCCCUCAGCCCUGCCUCGCCUCACUGGCCUCUGCUCUGGGGGCUCUUUGAACCCCUUUCCCUCUGGCCCGCCCGCCUCAGGGAGAGCAAGACAGACGCAGGCCCCAGCACAGCCACAGGAAGAAGCCGCCCACCCCGACAAGGCGCCUCCGCUCCGGGAGGCCCGCUCCCCCGGCUGCUCGCCCCGACCCCGCACUCCAAGGCUGACCCUCCGCGGGGCCGGAGCCACCCCCCAGUGGGGGACAGCUGACCACCUCUGCCCGCCCGCCACCUUCUGGGGAGACCUGCAGGAGGAAGGCUGGGGACAACUCCAGGCUGGGGUGCAGAUCCCAGCCUGGGGCCCAGGUCCCACCUGGCAGGUAGGGGAGGGCUCCAGGCUGGUCCCGGGCUUGGGGGCACCAAAGUGGCCAAGGAUGGCCAAGGGCCUGCCUCCUGCUGGGACAACAGCUGGGCGAGGAAGCCGGCUUGGGCGAGAGUCCUCGUGAGCCGGCCCCAGCGGUGUCCCUCCAGGUGUCCCCCUUUACGCCUGCCCUGCCUGUGCCAGGUGCCCAUGGCCCUCAUCCCCACCCCAGGGGCACACACUCCCCUCCCCAGCAGCCUGGCCUGACCACUGGGCCUGGGGGAGCCUCUGGGCCGCAGAAGGUCCUCGGCAGCCAGCGCCUUCAGGACUCCCCUGCUGUUCCCAGCAGCACUGCUGACCCCGCCCUUCCCCGGACUGCCCUUCUGUCCCAGAGGGGUCACCCUGGCUCCCCCACUCCGGGCCCGGCUGUGCUGGCUCUGCCCCUCCAAGGGGCUGUAAGCAAAGCAGGAGGGAGCUGGCCUCUUUUCCAGCCUCCCCCCAGGUUCCAGGUACCCCCCCAUGCAGGGCCACAGGCCUUAGGUCCAGUGGGGGGACGAAGGUUUGCGCCCCAAGCCUAGGGAGCAGAGGACGGCCCUGGGCCACGGCAGCCCAGCACUUGCGUGGGCCGCAGGGCUCGGGGGCGACAUUGUGGUGUGGUCGUGGGUGUGUGUUGCACAGGCCAGGAUAUCAGUAUUGUGACGGACUCUAAGUGCCUUUCUAUGUAGCUUGUUUUCCUCCUCUUGGCUCCAUUGCUGUUAGCAUAGAGUUUAAAAAAAGAGAUAAGCUAAUGACUAUAACAAAUAUUCCUCCGUGUGAGAGGAAGUUUAUAAAGAAACAAUAAAAGUGAGUUGGAAAGACGGCUCU